AUGGCUAUGAUGCCGACCGGUUUUGGGCGAAGGUCCAAUGUCUUCGACCCCUUUUCUCUUGACAUUUGGGAUCCCUUUGAGGCCUUCCUCCCUUCUCCCUUUAACAUGUCUCCCCGUUCUCUAAUUCCCCAUGAUCCAACCUCCUCUGCGAUCUUGAACCCCAGGUUCGACUGGAAAGAGACUGACAACGCUCAUAUCAUCAAGGCUGAUCUCCCCGGUCUCAACAAAGAGGAUGUGAAGGUUGAGUUGGAGGAAGGUAGUGUGCUGCGGAUAAGCGGAGAGAGAAAAAAAGAGGUGGAAGAGGAGAAUGAGAAGUGGCACAGGGUAGAGAGAAGCCACGGCAAGUUCGUGAGGAGGUUCAGGCUCCCUAAUAAUGCGAAGGUCGACGAAGUGAACGCGACAAUGGAGAAUGGAGUUCUCACUGUGACUAUUCCUAAAGGUGAAGUCCGAAAGCCUGUCGUCAAAUCCAUUGAGGUUUCAGGCUGCGAUUCCUAA